CGUCAUUUAAUUUCCUUAUUUUUGAAUUGUCAAAUUUCUUGUGAUUAAUAUUAUACUUUUAUUUUCAUACUUUUCAUCACUUCUCAUUUUCAUAUAUUCAACAUCAUUCAUUUUCAUUUAAUAAGAUUUAUCAAAUGAGCAUGAGUUAUAAUGAAUACUCUAGUGAAUUUUUCGACUCGAUUGAUGAAAACCAUCUACAUAUCUAUUUGAGGAUUAAGGAUGGAAUUACAGAUUUUGAAGAUUUAUACGAAGUUCUAGACCCUCAAACGAUAAUUUCGAAACAGACUGAUGGCUGUAACUUGAUGAGAAAUACAAAGGAUGAUGUUGUGAUGAAGAAAUACAAGUUCACGAAAAUAUUUGGGCCAGACACUAAGCAGAUUGAAAUAUUCAAGGAGCUGGUUAAACCGAAGCUGGUGAAUUUUAUAAAUGGUCACAAUUCUACCCUUCUGACCUACGGUGUUUCGAGCUCUGGGAAAACCUAUACAGUUGUUGGAACAGCUGAGAAGCCUGGUGUGAUCCCCAGGUCUUUGGAAUAUCUCUUCAGGACCCUUCCUGUUUUGACGGAGGUACCACCAUACAAACCUCUUCCUUAUGGUAAGAUCGUGAGAUUAACGGAGAAUGAGGUUAUCAAAGAAAGACAUUUGAAAAAAGAAAUAUUGAAUUCUAAAUGGACGAACAGUGCCAAAUGUGAACAUAUCAAUACCUAUUGCGCAAUGCAGUCCUGCAUGAGCAACGAACGUUUCAUUGUUUCGUUAGGAGAGGACUUCUCAGGUAUGUCUGUCGGUGUGUGGGUCUCCUUCGCCGAAAUUUACAACGAACACGUAUACGACCUACUUCGAACAAAGAAAUUGAAGAAGGAAAAGCUGAAAAUGGGCAGUGCCAACGGUGAAACUUACUUGAAGAAUCUCACGCUUGUCCAUGUCACCUCCGGCAUGGAGGCGUACCAGGUGCUCCAGUAUGGGUUGCACCAUCUCAAUUAUGCAAAAACUAACAUCAACAAUCACUCGAGCCGGUCUCAUUCGGUGUUCACGAUCUGGCUGACUCAGGCAGGAGAUGACCCCUUGAAAGGCUUCGUUAGCCACUUCAAUUUCUGCGAUUUGGCGGGCGCAGAACGUUCAAAGAAGACCCUGAAUGUCGGCGAUAGAUUGAAGGAGUCCAAUAACAUCAAUACUUCCUUGUUGGUCUUGGCCAGGUGUAUAUCGGCUGUGAGGAAAGCUCAGUAUUCUUCUAACAAUAACAUCAUUCCAUUCAGGGAAUCAAAAUUGACUCAGUUAUUCCAAAAAGCAUUAUCUGGACUAGAGGAUAUUUGUAUGGUAGUUACAAUAAAUCCAUGUAGAGAACUAUUGGAGGAAACGCAACAUGUUCUGAACUUUUCCGCAAUCGCCAAAGACAUUGUGGUGGACGAAAGCCCUCUGAUGAUAUCUAGGAGAAGUGAAAGAAUCACUCAAUUCUUGAGGCAAAGAUUAGAUAAUGCCAUCGGAACAGAAACGGCAAAUGGAAUGGAGGAAUUGAAAAAUGAAUUGGCAGAAAUUGUCAGCAAAAUGGAAAUGGAGGAUAUGAACCAAAUGAAAGAAAUCGAAAUGAUGAGAAAUCAUAUCAUAUCGGAAUAUAACAAGAAGCAAGAAGAACAGAACGAAGAAAUGGAAUUUGAAAUUUUGGCACUCAAAAAAAGAAUGAUGAAUGAACAUAAAAAGCAGUUGCAGGCAGUUAAAUUAGAAAUGAUGCAGAAAUACGGCAUCUCAGACGAUGAAUCUGUUGGCUCCUCCUGUUCAAGUGCAGAAGUCAUACAUUUAAGUUCAGACGAGGAAUCGGAUUCUGCAGUUGAGACUACCAACCUUGUCCGUUCUGAUGAUGAAGAAGAGGUAGAAACGGAAGAUGAGAUAGAUAAAUGGAGAAAAAAGGUCUGUUUACAGGAAGAGUUGAUUGCAGAGCACCACAAAACGAUAUCUUGCCUGAGAAGGCAAAUCGACGAGUUGAAAUUGAGAAUUGAGAUUUUGGAGAUUGGCUGAGCUGGUGAUUUCCCUUCAUACAAGAGUUAUUUUGGAAUUGAUGGCCUUAUUUUGAGAUUGAUUAAUUCCUCAUGUAUAAUACUAAUGGUAAAUAACCUGCAACAGGUACCACUGGUGUCAGGCUUGGCCAUAUCUAGUUUGCACCUCCGAGUACAUACAAAAAGUUCGAACUGUGAUUCCACAAAACAAACAGUCCCAAGUUCUUCCAGGAAACAUAUUAUGACGACUUGGUGUUUGUAUUAUUAAAUUUUGAAGAUGAUCUGAA